AUGGACUCUAUGAGGUCAUUGAACACCUCGUUGCCGGCUUCGACCCCCCGCCCGCAGCCAUCCGAGCAACUGCUCCAAUCCUUCAAAGCGGCUGCGUUAUCUGUCACCAAUCUCUAUAAGAAUGCUGUCUGUGAACAAGCGCAGGCACGCUCUGCUGGCUACCAAGAUGCCAUCGAAGACUUGCUCCAUUUCUUGGAUCGAGAGAACCUCGGCUUAGGCGACGGUGAAGGGUGGAAAGUCCGGCAGUGGGCAACGGCAAAGUGCGACGGGACGGGAUCUCAGACAAGUGAGGAGGAGGACCGAGCCGACUCCGAGAAGUCCGAUCAGGGAGCAACCCCUUUGAAUACUCGAAAGGAACCUCCAGCGCCAGAACCGUCAUCUCGUCAGCAAUCCGCACCCGUUUCGACCCCCAUGCCAGUCCCCGUGACUCACCCCGAGACUACCACGCCCACCCCACAAUUACAAGAGGUAGUUGCGUCGCCAGCUGUCUUCACGUUCACUGCCGGACCAACGUUUCCUCAAUAUCAGGAACUUGACAUGGAAAUGCAACCUACCGACCAUUCCAAUUCUCCACUGCCGGAAGGAUCUCCCGUCAACGUCUCCUUGAUGCCUCGUACACCCCGCCAAUCCCAUCGUCAUAACCACACGCACCCUUAUACAAACGCGCGACCUUCUCCUCGGGAGGCUCCCGCUACUCUGGGAUCGAAACGGAAGCACACGUUCCCCGACUUCUUUGAUUUAUCUGGCCUCUCGAAUGGGAGGGACAACACGUUUGGCGGAGGGAAACGCGGCAGAUUCACCUAG